AUGCAUCUAACAACAGGAACGAAUUCACUCAAUAAGAAACAAGCGAAUGCUAAUCUAAAGCGUUCACGGUCGAUGAAUAUGCACAAUAUACCAUCGAAAUAUUUCAAACCAACAAUCAAAAUCAAUGCUCACGAGUAUUUUUCUCAAGAACGGCCAUUUGCAAAUGUAAAAAUCAAUUUUCAACAACAGAUUAUCUGGUGCGAUAAAGCAUUAUUAGCAGCUGCUUCACCGAUUCUUUGUGAACAACUUUUGAAGUUGCCUCCGAAAGAUGAAUAUUUAACAUUGAAUGACAUUCAACUCGAUGAAUUUCUUCUACUACUCGAGUUUAUCUACCCGUUAUUUAAUCCGGAAAUCAAUGAGCAGAAUAUUUCAACGUUAAUUAAACUUUCGCAUCGAUUUCAAUUCGUUGUCCUCAAACAAGCAUGUCAAUUGUAUGUUAUGAAGUAUUUGAAUACGAUCCGAUACGUAUUCAACAAAUGUCAAAAGUCCGAAGCGGAAGGAGAGAGCUUCGUUAAUAAUCAUAUCGACGAGAAUACUAAUGAAAAUGAUAGUCUUAAAAAACACGAUCUCAUUGAGUUUGAUGAUGGCACGUGUAUUGACGCGUAUAAUAUCGUAUUGAAUCUAUGCCGAUGGCUGAAAGUAUAUUUUUAUGAGAAUAAUUUUAAUAUUUCGCAAUCAAUUGUUUCUAUUCUCCGGCAAAUUUCAAUUGAAAAUCUUAACCGAAUAAUGAACAUGGUUGCCAUUAAUGAUGAGAUCAAAGUCUACGCUUUCAAGGAGCGAGCGGAAUAUUUAGAAAAUCUUCAUCAAAUGAAACAUGUUGCAUGA